AUGAUAGCAGUAGUAAGAACAUUCACUCAAUAUUCUAGUCUUGGUAAAUAUAUUAACGUUUGUUCAUCUCUGAUAUUGAAUGAACUUGGAACUGAGGUACCAUUAUGCAUGGUUAGAAAUGACUUUAACCAUGUUAUGCACUUAAUAAGUACUUGGCCUGAAAUAAAAUCAAGUACUUUUAGAAUAAAAAAUUUUUAUUUGAGGUCUAUUGGGUUGAUAAUCGUGAGUACAAACUUUAUUGAUGUCAAACACUUAUUAAAAAUGAUUUUUACUGUUGCUCUACAUGAAACUGAAGGAAAUAAUUUUUAUAAUCAGUAUACACAAUGCGAAAUAGCAAAAAUUUAUUUAAAACAAAGAAUUGCUACCCAUACAACUGAUUAUGAUCAGAUAAUUAUAGAAAUGGACAAUCUGAACGACAAUACAAAUGUACGAGAAGAGAAUGUAACAAUUAAUGAUAUCGAUAAUACUAUUUUCGAUGAAAUUAAAUGUAUUUAUGACUUAUGUGUUGAAAGUGCAAAUUAUGAAUCGAAUAGUACAGGGGAUCGCGAUAACAUACAGUUUUGUCCAAAAAUCGCAAAACAUUUAUUAGAUUUUUGUAAAUUGAUACCAUGUUGGUCAGCCUUAAUGGUUCCAAUUUUCAAAUAUGGAAAUUUAACGGAAUCAAGCUGUACGUCAGAAAGUUUGUUUAAAGAUUUAAAAACCGUUGUAUUCAAACACAAGCAAUUACCACUUAGACUUGACGAAUUCUUAAAAAUACACAUAAAUUGUACGCUUGGCUCAAUGAAUAUUUUAGCGGAUACAAAUAUACAAAAAAAAGCAUCAAAGGAUGAAGAAACAAACAGCGCCAAGAGAGACAUAAAUACGAUUUCGGAUGAAAAAAAUGAAUAUCAGCCAAUAUACAAAUUUGAAGUUCAAAAUGAAGCCGUGCAAAAUGUAAAAGAACCAAUACUUUCAAAACAUUUACCACAGAAAAAAAUCUCAAUAGACAAAUCGUAUGAUGAUCCUACUGCACUUGAGAAUUGGAAAGGAUUGGGGCAUCAAGUCGGUAAGAAAAAAAGAAAAGGUACGUACCUGGACAAGGAUCCUACUAUAUUGUACUAUAACGACACCAGCCGAACUAAAAGUAAAGUUAUUGGACUUCUGAAAAAUGGAAAUAUUUCAGAUCUUAAAAGUAUUUAA